AUGGUCACAGCACGUGAUUUCAAGGCUUGUAAAGCCAAGGUUUUGUGUUCUAUAUUUACAGAUCCAAUCUGUGUCCGAGGCUUUGAUCCAACUCUCAGCAUGAUGUCGGGAAUAACUCCGCUUAACCCCAUGUUGCCGGGCAUGGGAUUGGUUCCCCCGCCGCCUGCAACGGAGGUACCUGUUAUCAAAAAAAUUUGCUGCAAAAGCUUCACUCUCUUCCCCCCCAACCCAAAUCUUCCACCACCUUCAACAAGAGAAAGGCCUCCUGGGUGUAAAACUGUAUUUGUCGGAGGGUUACCAGAAAACGCUACUGAAGAAAUCAUUCAGGAAGUCUUUGAGCACUGUGGGGACAUCACAGCAAUUCGGAAAAGCAAGAAGAAUUUUUGUCACAUCCGUUUUGCAGAAGAGUUCAUGGUUGAUAAAGCCAUUUACCUUUCUGGUUAUCGCAUGAGGUUAGGAUCCAGCACAGACAAAAAGGAUUCAGGUCGCCUUCAUGUUGAUUUUGCACAGGCAAGAGAUGACUUUUAUGAAUGGGAAUGCAAGCAAAGGAUGCUGGCCCGGGAGGAACGUCACAGGCGCAAAAUGGAAGAAGAUCGAAUGAGGCCUCCCUCGCCUCCAGCCAUCAUGCAUUAUUCUGAACACGAAGCAACAUUGCUAGCUGAAAAACUGAAAGAUGACAGCAAAUUUUCAGAGGCCACCACCGUCUUGCUUACCUGGAUAGAGCGCGGCGAAGUGAAUCGUCGCACGGCCAACCAGUUCUACUCGAUGGUGCAGCUGGCCAACAGCCACGUCCGCCGGCUCAUGAAUGAAAAAGCAACCCACGAACAGGAGAUGGAGGAAGCCAAGGAGAAUUUUAAAACUGCUUUGAUGGGGAUCCUCACUCAGUUUGAGCAGAUUGUGGCCGUUUUCAACGCCUCCACCAGACAAAAAGCUUGGGACCAUUUCUCGAAAGCUCAGCGAAAGAACAUAGACAUUUGGCGAAAGCACUCGGAGGAGCUCAGGAACGCUCACAGCGAGCAGCUCAUGGGGAUCCGACGGGAGGAAGAGAUGGAAAUGUCCGACGACGACAGCAGCAGCAGCCCUGGGAAUCCCAGGAACAAGAGGCCGAGGGUGGACGAAUCAGCUCUGGCUGCUCAAGCCUACGCCCUGAAGGAAGAGAACGACAGUCUCCGCUGGCAGCUGGAUGCCUAUCGGAACGAGGUGGAGCUCCUGAAGCAAGAGAAAGGGCAGCUCUUCCGGACAGAAGAGGGUCUCACCAAGGACCAGCAGCUGCAGUUCCUGCAACAGACCCUCCAAGGGAUGCAGCAGCAACUGUUGAAAAUCCAAGAGGAGUUGAACAACAAAAAAUCAGAACUGGAGCGAGCACGAGAGGAGCACACGCACACGCAGGCCCUGCUGAAAAUCCUCCAGGAACAGUUAAAAAAAAAUACCAAGGAGAUAGCAGAGACGAAUGGCCAUAAUGAACCUCAGAGCUCCGAAAUCAAUGUGAUGACAGCACCAUUGGUCAACCAAGACAGAGAAAAGAAUUCUGAGAAGCGAAGCCAGCCACUAAAAUCGGAGAAGGAAGCCCUGUUGAUUGGUAUCAUCUCUACGUUUCUUCACGUCCAUCCGUUUGGAGCUAAUAUAGAGUAUCUUUGGUCUUAUAUGCAGCAGUUGGAUUCCAGGAUCUCUGCAAACGAAAUAGAAAUGCUUUUGAUAAGGCUCCCACGCAUGUUUAAGCAAGAGUUCACUGGGGUAGGAGCAACGCUGGAGAAGAGGUGGAAGUUCUGUGCCUUCGAAGGAAUCAAAACGACUUGA